AUGCGCGACUUCAUCCUGGCCUCCGUGCUCACGGCUUCUGCCUUGUUCGCUCGACAUGCUGACGCUGUUGCUGCCAACCCACUUCCAAAACCGGCCAACAUUACCUGGGGAGACUCUGGCUGCUUCUCCUUUGCAGCGGUUACGCUUGAGGCUCCGCAUCAUGAGGUCCUCCAAGACGCCUUCGAUCGUGUCACCAAGACCAUCACCAAGCUGAAAUGGAUCCCCGCCGCCACCGAAGCCCCGGUUCGAGCAUUCGACCCCUUUCCCACGCCCACUGGCGCGGCCUCGAAGAGGAAGCACAGGCGGCAGUACGGGAGCGGAAACUGCACGGCUUCAAUUACCAAGGUCAAGAUCCAUAUUGCCAACACGCACGCUGAGCUCCAGCAUAACGUCGAUGAGUCGUACGAGCUGCAAGUGGCGCCUGGAACCGACUUCAUCGACAUCUCCGCACAGACUGUCUAUGGCGCUCUCCACGCCCUUACUACUCUCCAGCAAAUUGUUAUCAACGACGGCAGCGGCAGGCUGAUCAUCGAGCAGCCCGUCUCCAUCAAGGACAAGCCUCUCUACCCGGUUCGUGGUGUUAUGAUUGACACGGGCCGCAACUACAUCUCCAAGAGCAAGAUCUUAGAGCAAAUCGACGGCAUGUCCCUCUCCAAGCUAAACGUUCUCCACUGGCAUCUCGUCGACAGCCAGUCCUGGCCCGUUGAGAUUGCCGCCUACCCUGAUAUGACCGAAGACGCCUACUCUCCGAACGAGGUCUUCUCUCAGGACACACUCAAGGAGAUUGUAAGCUACGCCGCUGCUCGCGGUGUCCGCAUCAUCCCGGAAAUCGACAUGCCCGGCCACGCCAGUUCCGGGUGGAAGCAGAUCGACGAGAGCAUCUUAACCUGCACUGACAGCUGGUGGUCCAAUGAUGUCUGGGCAGCACAUACGGCCGUCGAGCCCAACCCAGGCCAGCUCGAUAUCCUGAAUAACAAGACCUAUGAAGUCACCGCCAAGGUGUACAAGGAAAUGACAUCCAUCUUCCCCGACAACUGGUUCCACAUUGGCGGCGACGAGCUAUUCCUCAACUGCAACAACUUCAGCUCCCUGGCUGUUGAGUUUUUCAAGUCGGGAAAGAGCAUGGGCGAUCUGUACCAGUACUGGGUCGACCGCGCGAUCCCCAACUUCCGCGCACAAGCCAACAAGACAUUCGUCAUGUGGGAAGACGUCAAGCUCUCGACCGCCGUAGCAGCGACCGGCGAAGUACCCAAGAAUAUCGUCCUACAAGCCUGGAACAACGGGCUGACGCACAUCUCCAACCUCACUGCCCAAGGGUACCGCGUCAUCGUCUCUUCGUCUGACUUUGUGUACCUCGAUUGCGGAUUCGGCGGCUGGGUAUCCAACGAUCCCCGGUACAAUUUGCAGAUCAACCCGAACGCGACUGAUGGCUCGCCGAACUUCAACUGGGGCGGUGGCGGUGGCUCCUGGUGCGCGCCAUACAAGACGUGGCAACGCAUCUACGACUACGACUUCACCUUCAAUCUCACCGACACCCAAAAGGGCCUUAUUCAGGGUGCCAUUGCGCCGCUGUGGUCCGAGCAGGUCGAUGAUGUCGUCAUCAGCCAGAAGAUGUGGCCGCGCGCUGCUGCACUCGCUGAGCUGGUGUGGUCCGGCAAUAGGGAUGCGAACGGCAAGAAGAGGACGACGGAGCUGACACAACGCAUCUUGAACUUCCGCGAGUACUUGGUAGCCAACGGCGUCGGCGCCAGCCCACUGAUGCCAAAACGCGGAGGAAAGAGCCGAGCACAGCAGCCAGAUCAGGAAAGCGCAAAUCCGUCUUGGGUGAACAUCGUCGAUGGCAAGGUGGAGUCGAGCUUGGCUGCUGCGAACAAGAAGAAUGUUGGUGGGGAGGUGCAGCAAACAACGGACAAGACAUUGAUUGAAUCUCGCAAGUCCGUCCACGUUUGUCGUCUUCGCUUCCUGGACCUGGGAAGAAUCAUCACACCCUUCACCGUCGGACCACCAGCAUCUUUACGACAAGGAGACAUCAACACGGUGACUGAUAUUGAGUCUCAACGCCCGAUCGACAUCACCACGCAGUCAUUUUGUCUCGGCACUGAAAAUGUGGCCUCGGAAGCCCUACCAGCACCAGCACCAAGUCCUCGCUCUGAAAGCUCCCUCGUGUCUGCGAAUAUCGGCGGGGGAAUGCCAUGA